ACACGUACUCUUCGCUGACCAAGGUCUACGAACAAACCGGUUGGCUAUAAAAGCACAUAUCUUGUCGGGAACAUCAGUCAAUGAAAUAAAGUGCAAGAAUUAUUACCAUGUCUCACGCUAGUUUUGUAUUACUUGUAACGGUCGGAGUGCUCUGCAGUAUGACUGCUGCACGGCCAGGCCGGUGCGCGUUAAAUGAAGAAUGGACCACUUGCGGAACGGCAUGUCCACAAACUUGUGAUUCGCUGCCUAAUCAACCCUGCACUAUGCAAUGCGUAAUAGGAUGUCAGUGCCGUGAAGGAUACGUGCUAAACAGCUCAAGACAAUGUGUGCCUCCUUCAGAAUGUUAUUAAUCGAUAUGAAUUUACUAAAGAGCUGAGAAAUUUUGUUUACCACUUCGAGGUUUAAAUACUUAUUAAUUAAUAAUAACGAUUAAUAAAUUAAAAUUAUUAAUAUAAAUGUUUUUCUAUUAAUUGAUUUCUUGUAAAUUUAAAAUAAUUCAAAAUAAAAAAUGGCAUAAUAACACUGUUUCUAUAAAUACAAAUUGGAAACAAUAAAGUGCAUGCGCUCAUGACAUAAAAUAUUUUUGUGACAAAAAAUCAUUGCCGUGAUAAAUUAUCUAGCAAUAAUGUAUCGUUUUACAGUUAGCCAUAGUAUAACUUCUUAUAAGAAAAACUACACAAACAGAAUGUUAUUCUGGUCAUUGUAAUCAUGAGCAAUAAUAUGCUUUGAUUUUAAUUUUAACGUUAGAUUUUGUAUAUCAAUAUUUUUUAACACAUUUUACAAGAAAGAACAUUUUGUAACACACUUUCCAAAUCUUUAAUGAUAAUGUUUAAUUUCAUACUAUGCAUUAACUGACUAAUUUUUCCUUAAGAAACUAAUCGCACACAAGAUACAAGAUAUGAUUAUUCCAUAGUAAUUAUUUUACGAGAAAAUUUUCAGUACGACAUGCGAAUGAUUAAGUAUUGAAUGACUUAUAAAAGAGUGUAUGAAAUCAUAUGUAUAAAAGAAUAAACAACAAGAAUAAAAUGUGACGGUUAAAAAAAA